AUGAGGGGAAUUAACAAGGAAUCAGACCUUCCUCGGCCCACCCGUGUGAAGAACAAGUCUCCUGCCUCAAUUCAGAUCACUGCGGAGCAGAUCCUCCGUGAAGCACGAGAAAUGCAAGAGGCUGAUCAAAUAAGACCACCGAAACAGAAGAUCACAAAUGUCACCGAGCUCAACGAGUACCGUCUCCACAAGCGCAAGGAAUUUGAAGAUCUAGUCCGACGCGUGCGAUGGGACGUUAGCGUCUGGGUGAAGUAUGCUCAAUGGGAGGAAUCGCAGAAGGAUUUCAACCGUGUUCGUUCCAUUUGGGAACGAGCACUAGAAGUCGAUAACAGGAAUCACAGUCUUUGGUUAAAGUAUGCCGAAACAGAGAUGAAGAACAAGUUCGUCAAUCACGCAAGAAACGUCUGGGAUCGAGCCGUUACUAUUCUUCCUAGAGUUGAUCAGCUGUGGUACAAGUACAUUCACAUGGAGAAGAUGCUUGGAAAUGUUGCAGGAGCUCGUCAGAUAUUCGAGAGAUGGAUGGUUUGGUCACCUGAUCAACAAGGCUGGCUUUCUUACAUAAAGUUUGAACUCAGUUACAAAGAAAUCAAAAGAGCAAGAGGAAUUUUCGAGAGAUUCGUGCAGUGUCAUCCAAAAGUCAGUGCUUGGAUUAGAUAUUCUAAGUUCGAAAUGAAGAAUGGAGAGGUUGGACGGGCAAGGAAUUGCUAUGAAAGGGCUGUAGAGUUGCUUGCUGAAGACGAAGAUGCAGAGCAGCUGUUUGUCGCGUUUGCUGAAUUUGAAGAACGCUGUAAGGAGAUCGAAAGAGCGAGGUGGUGA